AUGGAUCCCCCUGGAGAGGUACUGGAAGAUGAGUACAUGCUCGCGAAUACUAGCAACCACGCAAGGCCGACGGAGAACAUUCACGUCGUCAGCACCUUGAACAAGGAACAACGAUACAAUACACGGUUCGAUCCCUGCUACACUCGAUGUUGUAUGGAAUGCGGUUCAUCCUAUCCUGGCUGGUUUUCCAUUCAAGAAGGAGAUCAAACACUCGAUAUUCCCGCUUCGUUUGCACCCACAUCGUGGCAAGCACGAGGCACCAAAUUUGUCAUGAUGGUAUGGUUCAACGGGACGCUGGUGUACCAUUGGUGGGUCUCGUAUGCGGAUCAUGCCGCCUUCUUUUUGUCGUACUUGACCCAUUGGGGAUUGAUCUUUGCCAGUCUGUGGCUCAUUGUCACCUUUUGCAACAGUCUGUAUCCACCGGCACAACCCAAUGGGCGAGACACGACAGUCAAGGCGACAACACAAGACACUCUAUCUAUCUAG